AGGUUUUACUAGGGCUUUAGUUAAAGCAACCGGCAAUUGAGAAUUGAAAAAUUAAAUACACACAUAAAAUUGAUGAACACGAAAGAAGAAGAAGAAAAGGGGUUUCUGUUGCAGACAAGUCCAAACCACAAAAAUGGCGACCAUUUGGAAAAGCAAUUCAGCAAGAAUCGCACUUCGUUCUAUCUCCCAAUCCUUGGCGGCGACAUCAACUACAGUUACUAACCAAACCUCUUCCAUUCCCUAUCGACUCUCCUCCGUCCGAUAUCUUCGCAGUGGUCGAGAUCCUAUCUCUAGGAAUUAUGAAAUUAUUCCUCCUAUGAACUGGGGGAUUCGAAUUGUACCGGAGAAGAAAGCGUUUGUUAUUGAGCGAUUUGGAAAAUACGUUAAGACUCUUCCCUCUGGAAUCCAUUUUUUGAUUCCCUUUGUUGAUAGAAUUGCUUAUGUGCAUUCGUUAAAGGAAGAAGCUAUCAGUAUUCCUGAUCAAUCUGCUAUCACCAAAGAUAAUGUCACCAUUCUCAUCGAUGGUGUGCUUUAUGUCAAGAUUGUGGAUCCUAAACUUGCUUCUUAUGGUGUUGAGAAUCCUCUUUAUGCUGUUAUUCAGCUGGCUCAAACCACCAUGCGUAGUGAACUCGGUAAGAUUACGCUUGAUAAGACCUUUGCAGAAAGGGACACACUCAAUGAAAAGAUUGUGGAGUCCAUUAACGUGGCUGCAAAAAGUUGGGGUCUAGAGUGCCUUCGAUAUGAAAUAAGGGAUAUCUCUCCUCCACGUGGAGUGAAAGCAGCUAUGGAAAUGCAAGCAGAAGCAGAACGGAAAAAGAGAGCUCAAAUUCUUGAGUCUGAAGGAGAGAGGCAGGCUCAUAUAAACAGAGCUGAAGGAAAGAAGAGUUCAGUGAUCUUAGCAUCAGAAGCAGCUAUGAUGGAUCAAGUUAACAGAGCGAAAGGUGAGGCUGAGGCCAUCCUUGCCAGAGCAAAAGCAACAGCUGAAGGACUUGCUGUUGUGUCGCACUCCCUAAAAGAAAGUGGAGGACCAGAGGCAGCAAGUUUAAGGAUAGCAGAGCAAUAUAUUCAAGCUUUUAGUAACAUAGCCAAGGAGGGCACUACAAUGUUGCUUCCUAGCUCUCCAUCCAAUCCUGCUAACAUGAUGGCUCAAGCCCUUACUAUGUAUAAAAGCCUGAUUGGUAAUGUUCCCAGUAAUAAGCACAGUGGGACCGCACCCCUUUCAAUAGCAGGACAGGAAGAAGAAAAUGAUUCUUCUGGUGAGGUUAAAGAUGAGAGCUCCACAACCCUUGCUACCCCUAGAGGAAUCCCAGAUCGUCCUGGAAAAUCUGGAUUUUCACUUCAGAGCCCCCCAAAUAGGGAGUAGUAUUUGAUUUUACUGAACUUGCCAUUCUGAUGAAUUCAUUUGUUUUUUGAUCUGUGGAUGUUAUUGUGAAAAUUGAGUUCAGAGUUCGGAGAGAUGGAAGCAGAAGUGUUUGAUUGGACUUAGUUUAUAUUGCUAGUUUGAUUGGACACAUAGUUUAUGACUGUAGUUGUUUCUUCCUAAUUGAUAAAUUUGGGGAGGAAGAAAUGAAAAGAAAAGAAAGUAUUCUGCAUUUUUUCAUGUAUACCACUAGUAUUUUCUUCCAUAAAUAAAUUUUGGCUGCACAUUUUUAUUGUGUGGCUUUCCUUGAAUUUAA